AUGUUGGAAGACAGUGGGGGGGAUUGCUCUAUUGAAGAGUUUUCCAUUUCAUUUUUUGGUGAUAGCCAUCCACCAGACUUUUCCAUCCUGAGCUUGCUGUUGCACAUGGAGAAUCUCAGUAGGUUGGACAUUCACAUUUGGGAUCCAUGGAGAGCCACCCAGGUACUGUGUGAUUAUCUCUGUGAUUUGCUGAAGCAGGGAACACUUCAGGAACUCAAUGUGGUUGCUGCCACUGCCAAGGAAGGGUUGUACUUGCCGCUACUAGAUGCGGCUGAUAAAAGUGAUACCCUGAUGGACCUGAGGCUGCAGAGGUUGCAGAACCAAGCCGAAGUCGAAACAUACCAGGAUGCAAUGCUCGGAAUUCUUGAUCACAACACUCAAUUGUGGGUGGCUUUGAUCUGUAAGGAGGUUGUAACAAAUGGCACACUAUUUCUUAACACUUGUGGUGCAAUGCAAGCACACGGCAACAAAGAAUGGUUCCUGGAUCAGACCGAAGGAAGCAAUAAGCAGAGACUCAUUGAUUACAACACAGUCUUGAAUAUCUGUGGGCGUGAAAAAACCAAAGCAGAGGAUACAUGCCUCCAAGACUUGGUUCACAUGAUAUCUCCCAAGACCCUGCAGAAGAAGAUAUCUUUCCUUGGUUUUAAAGGUGACAGCGAGCAGGAGCUUAUCACAAUUCUGCAACAUGGGCUGCUCUGUCAACAUCCUGCGUCAUGGGUGUCAAAUGGAAAACAGGCGCAAGGUUACACCAAGGGCCGAAGUCACAAGAAGAGCACUGGGGAAGUUGCACGAAAGAGGAGGAGGGUCACAGUGCCUGAAGAUGAGUCUUCUCCACAAAGCUGA